AUGGCUCUGGACCUUCAGCAACUAUCAAAGGCACUGGAGGCUAGCUUAGAUCCCACUAAGAACAAGCAAGCUGAGAUCGCGCUCCUACAAGAAGAGAAAAAGCCCAAAUUUGCCCUAUCACUCCUCCAAAUCGUCGCGACAGGCACAUCCGGUGAUACUGCUCGGCUUGCAAGCGCUCUCUAUUUCAAAAACCUGAUCAAGAGGCGUUGGGUAGAUGAGAAUGGGAAACACAAACUUCCCCAGAAUGAAGUAAUUGCCAUCAAAAGCGAGCUUAUUGGGCUUAUGAUAUCCGUACCGCCAAAUGUUCAAAACCAGCUUGGUGACGCUAUCAGCGUCAUAGCGGAUAGUGAUUUCUGGGAAAGAUGGGAUACUCUAGUUGAUGACCUGGCUUCGCGCCUCACGCUUGAUAACUCACAACAGAACAACGGUGUUUUACAAGUCGCACAUUCUAUUUUCAAGCGAUGGAGGCCACUUUAUCGCUCUGACCCUCUAUUCAUCGAGAUCAAUCACGUGCUUGGCAAAUUUGGCACUCCAUUUUUAUCCUUGAUUGAAUCGACAGACCGCCUCAUUUCGCAAAGUCAGAAUGAGCAGAAGACAUUGAGGGAGCUUUUUACCACUCUCAAUCUCAUUGUCAAAGUAUUCUACGAUUUAUCGGUACAGGAUCUGCCUCCGAUAUUCGAAGAUAAUCUGGCGGCUGUAACAACAUUUCUGCACAAGUAUUUGGUGUAUGAGAAUAAGCUUCUAGAUACGAAUGAUGACACUGAAGCUGGGCCUUUGCAGCUUGUGAAGGCCAGCAUACUGGAGUUGUUGGAAAUGUGGGUACAGAAAUAUGAGGAUGCUUUUGGCCAACACGUAGCCCCUUUCAUCGAAAGCUCUUGGAAUCUGCUUACCACGGUUGGCAUUGAAGUUAAAAUGGAUAUCCUUGUCAGUAAAGCUCUACAAUUUUUGACUGCCGUUACCCACAGUGCAGAACAUGCCCAAGCCUUCAACAACCAGAACACCCUUGGGCAAGUCGUCGAAGGUGUGAUUCUACCGAACCUCAACCUGCGGGAUUCAGAUGUGGAGUUAUUUGAAGAUGAACCUAUCGAGUUCAUUCGGAGGGAUCUCGAAGGAUCCGACAGUGAUACACGAAGAAGAUCCGCUAUAAACUUCCUGAGACAGCUAAUGGCGAAAUUCGAGGCCUUAGUUGGGGUUGUUGCUCUUCGAUACAUAGAUCAUUACCUGUCUGAAUAUGAUCAGGACAGAUCUUCCAAUUGGAAGUCGAAGGACACUGCUGUCUACUUGUACUCUGCAGUCGCUGCCAAAGGGGCCAUCACUGCAAGCCAAGGAGUCACGAGUAUUCAUGACUUUGCCAAUGUUGUGGACUUCUUUCAAAGGAAUAUCGCGACUGAGUUGGUAGCCGAUCAGGGCACUCCUUCGAUUUUGAAAGUUGAUGCAAUCAAGUACCUUUAUACCUUCCGUGGCCAGAUCACCGCAGGCCAAUGGCAAGAAGCGUUCCCUCUCCUGGUCAAACACCUUGGGUCAUCGGAAUACGUUGUAUACACAUAUGCAGCCAUUGCGCUUGAACGCACCAUGGCGUUGAGCAAUGUUUCAAAACAGCCAGUGAUUGGCCGAAGCGACGUUGAGGGACUUGCCCCUCAAUUGUUAGAGCAUCUGUUUGGACUGAUAGAGAGAGAUUCGCAGCCAGCAAAAUUGCAGGAAAAUGAGUUCCUGAUGCGAUGCAUAAUGAGAGUCCUGAUCGUUAUCAAAGAGGGCAUGCUUCCAAGCGUCGAGACAAUCCUUCUGCACCUCAUAAAAAUUAUUCAGGUCAGCUGUCAAAACCCAAGCAACCCAAAGUUCAACUACUACCUCUUUGAGGCGGUUGGAGCGCUCAUACGAUAUUCUGCUUCCACACUGCCCGACAAACUCGAAACAGAUCUUUAUAGCCCGUUCGCAACAGUCUUGCAAAAUGACGUGCAAGAAUUUGUCCCAUAUGUUUUUCAGCUUUUCGCUGCAUUGCUUGAGGCCAAUCCCUCGGGCUCCCUGUCAGAAUACUAUCAAUCUCUCAUCCCACCAAUCCUCAAUCCCACACCGUGGUCGUCAAAGGGCAACGUGCCAGCCUUGGUAAGACUGGUGACUGCCAUCAUUCCUCGAGGUGCCAAUGUCAUGGUACAAAACAACCAAUUGGAUACACUGCUAGGGAUCUUUCAGCGUCUAGUCUCGACAAAAACCAAUGAGACAUACGGCUUUGAUAUGUUAGAAUCUAUCAUCAGUUAUAUUCCACAAUCUGCACUGCAGCAAUACUAUGUCAUCAUACUGCAAGUUCUUCUCACGAGGCUCCAGAGCUCUCGGACUGAUACCUUUGCCACCCGUUUUGUGCGGCUCUAUCAUUUCAUCUCUGCCAAGGAUGACACUGGUCUUGGUGCCGACUUCUUCAUCAGUGUAGCCGAUCAAGUCCAAGCUGAAGAACCCCCUGUGCCUACAACAUCAGAUGAUGUUAUCGUUGAACAGGAUCCUGAAGACAUGAGCUUCGGUGUCGGCUUCACUCAAUUGACAACAAUAAGACGCCCUGUCCGAGAUCAAUGGCCGGAGAUAGGUGAUGUAAAGGCGUGGGUCAGCGAAUAUCUAAAGGCUGCUGAUAGGCGACAUAACGGUACCAUUUCAACUAAUGCACGAGAACGGUUGUCAGCGGAAGUAGCCACGGCAUUUGCAGUCUACUUGCAGAAUUGA